AUGGUGUCAACUACUGACAUUCUGCCUCUAAUUUCUUGCAGGAAUUUCUACUACAUCACAAUGUUGCGGGAUCCAGUGUCUCGUUACCUGAGUGAGUGGAAACAUGUCCAGCGAGGGGCCACGUGGAAAACUUCUCUCCACAUGUGUGAUGGAAGAAGCCCCACCCCUGAUGAGCUGCCUACCUGUUACCCUGGGGACGACUGGUCUGGGGUUAGCUUACGGGAGUUUAUGGAUUGCAGCUACAACCUGGCUAACAAUCGCCAGGUGCGAAUGCUGGCCGACCUCAGCCUAGUGGGCUGCUACAACUUGACUUUCAUGAAUGAGAGUGAAAGGAACACCAUCCUGUUGCAAAGUGCAAAGAACAACCUGAAGAACAUGGCUUUCUUUGGGCUCACUGAAUUCCAGAGGAAGACACAGUUUCUCUUUGAGAGGACAUUCAACCUCAAGUUCAUCUCCCCCUUCACACAGUUCAAUAUCACGCGGGCUUCUAAUGUGGAAAUCAACGAGGGUGCCCGCCAGCGCAUCGAGGAGCUGAACUUCCUGGACAUGCAGCUUUACGAGUAUGCAAAAGAUCUCUUCCAGCAACGCUACCAUCACACCAAGCAGCUAGCUCACCAGAGGGAUCGCCAAAAAAGGCGGGAAGAGCGGAGGCUCCAGAGAGAACACAGGGCCCACCGUUGGCCAAAACAGGAUGGGACCACGGAGGGGACUGUCACUGAGGACUACAACAGCCAGGUGGUGAGAUGGUGACCUCCUGCCCGCUCCUCUCUCGGGAAGGGGAAGAUUAGCAGAUGCAUUGAUUUUUACUGCAUUUCUUGGAGAGAUCAGCCUAUUUUAAGGACAUUUGGCUAUAGGUGACUUGAUCCAGGCACUUCUUCUGUCUUCACUUCUGUCCCACUGGAGAUUAGUCUCCUGCCCUCUCCCCCCAGCAUUUUCCUAUCAAUGAUAUUGAAAAGGAGAGGAAUGUGUCCAACACAGACCACUUAAGAAGGUCAAAAGGAGAAGCAGCCAAAAGGAAACAGUGCUUGCAUCUUUUGCAGCAGUACAGGUUAUAGUUUUGGUGCCUGGGAGCCAUAGAGGCACACAUGAAAACCAAACUGUGGUUGGGAUGCCCUGCUGAAUCCAGUCUGUUUUAUACUAUCUCUGUCGUGGAAAUAUUGGUCCGUUUGUAUAGAGUGAAAGAAGGCCCUUUCAGCCCUUAAAUGAGGUUUGCUGUCAAUCCUUCACCAACUGUGGGCUGUCAUCUUUGAACUCUAUUCUAAUGCGUUUAAAUCAUAAGUAUAGUCAUGUGUCUUGCUGUUGCAGGUGAUUUUCAACAAGUUGACCCUACUACUGACCAUCUCCAGAGACCUACACUCAACAAACUUCAGGCACCACAGCCCUAAGCCAUGCUUGCUCUCCAUCAUUUAGGGAGUAUGGAGCAGAUAUAGGAUAGAGAUGAUGAUGGUUCCUGAACACUGUACAUGGGUGGGGGUUUUUACAAGAACGUGCCUAUUUCCUAAUGUCAAAGCAGACCACAGUAUAUUCGCUGUUAGUAAUGAGUGAUAAAUUAGGAGAAGAAAACAAAAUGGGAGGAAAGCUGUAUGUCCUGCACUUCCAGGCCAGCUACAGAACCCUUGCUUCCACAGAAAUCUUUCAGAGAUCAACCCCUUGGAGCAUUCAUCUUCUUGGAUAUCCAAUUGCCAGGCAUGCUAUCCUGCUAACAGAAAGGAAAAGACUUUAUAAAUAACUUGGCCUGAAGAACAGGGACAUAACUGACACAUACACAAAAUGUAUUUGAGGUCACUAAGAGAAUAGUAAUUCUGAUUUAGGAUAGGGAAAGAGAACCCCAUUAAUGUGACACCUGUCCUAAGAAUUUGGGUGUUCUUUACCCCUACUCCUGUAUAUCUCCAGCACAGUCACUAUUUUUUUCCCAGAUGAUUUUUAUCUGUUGUUAGACUAUGGAUACAGCCAGCAAAUCAUGCCUAGAGUGUACAAAAUGGACUUAAAACAUGUGCUGUAUUGCCACGUGCUCCUUAUUUUUGCCUUUCCCCAACUAUGAUGACAAGAAAUCAUUUGCUAAAUAAGUGGGGAAUAAAGCAAGAGGGAGUGGAAAACCUUCAUCCAGCAUUCAGUGGGAGGAUCAGAGGGGGUAGAAGUUACACAACAGAUUGAUCUGAUCAGUCCCUUCCAGGAGCUGAAGGCAAAAUGAGUGAAACCCCUAAAUCAGAUUGAAAAGCCUAUUUCAUUGAUAUCUGACAUGUUUGAUGUUUAAGCCAGCUUUGCUUAAGCCACUCCUCAGCCUCGAGAAUACUCUCUUUGGGACUGAGAGUCAAUCAACCCACAGCAUGUAGAGAGCUGCCUAGUUGAAGAGAGGGGAGCCUAGUAUAUCCAUUAAAUGGAAGUAUGGAGAAGCAGCUCCGACAUUGCUCUCACUGUCCUUGGCAUCAUCAGUGGUGCAGAUGAAGGUGCUCUGUGUCAAGAACUGAGAGAGACUGUUUCCAUACCUUCAAUAAUUGUGCAGUUGAGAAAAAUGAGGCCCACAGAUGCUAAGUCAGCGUUCCCAUGGACUGGAAACCGGGUCUGGAUGACUGCGAAGUGCAUGUUCUUAUUACUCCAGCAUGCCAUCCAUUUGGGACAAGGACCCAUGCUGCAAACAUGCCAGAAACCACCUGUUAUUUCCAGAACUGAUGGUGAUUACAUGUGACCCAUUUUGUGAUACACCAAGCUUAAAGUAACCCCCAGCCACACUGCCUUGAGUUAGUCCAGCCUCCUGCACAUCGCUGGUUUAUCAGUGAAUUGAAAGGUAGA